AUGUUGUCUGUUCCACUUGUGAUAACUCUGAUCACAAAUCUAUUUUAUUCUUCGAAAAAUUUAAAUCAAGAUCAAAUCAGGCAUAUCGCUUGGAAUCUUCUGAAUCAAGCUGAGGAAUUUUAUCUAACUCAAAACAAAAUAGGUUUUGGAAAUUUGUUAGCAGAAGAUAUGAUUUUCGAUUAUUGUGGAACAAUCCACAAUAAAUCUGAGAAUAUCCAAAAUAUGCCAACUGAAAUCUCAUCUUGGACCGCACAUUUUAUAAAUGGAACUUUUGAUGGGAAAAAUCUUGUGUAUUAUAUUGAACAAAGAAAAUUUUGUCCAAUAGUAAAACACAAUUUGACAAUUCCAUAUAUUCAUAAAGCAAAGAGAUUGAAAAGCGGAAAAUUUCUGUGGACUUUCAAAAAAAUCUUGAUAACUUGUGAGAAUUGA